AAAUUUUUGUCAAAUAUUUGUCAGUUUUUGUCAUUUUUUCUGAAAUUUUCGUUAAAAUUUCACGUUGUUCGUUUCAUCAUGGUCCAAAUUUAAGUUUUUAGCUUUCGUAAACCAAAUACAAAAAUAUGGUCGACAAAUACAAUACUGUAAAGAGAGAAAAUAAUACUAAAAAACAGGGCAAUUUUUCCUUUCCAAAGAUUGGAGGAGAAUUAUUCAAAAUUGUUAAAUCAAUAAAAGCGAAUGUAGACGACUUUUGUGAAAUUAAGGAUGAAGCCAAAAAAAUACCAAGUCCUCACUGUAGCCUCAUAAUACAUUCCUCAGAAAAUGGGAAAGGCAAUAAGAAAAACAAGAAUAAAAAUAAAUCUAAUCGAUCUAUUCGAUCAGGAAGUGGAAAUAAGUCGGGCAAAGACACCGAUAAAAAUAACAAGAUAAAAAAGUCAAGUUCAGCGAAAAAGGACAAGUCAUUACACACAACGCUGCAAUUAUUUAAAAAUACUCUACUGUCCAGUAAUAAUUAUAGUAAUGAUGAUAAUAAUAAUAAUGAAAAGGAACUCUUGCAAAAAUCUAGGACAGUAGAAAGGUUAAGGGCUAGGUCAGUAUCACCGAAAUUGCAAACAACCUCACGCAAACUUACCCCUAUUAGACAACGUACACCUAGUCCUCAAACACAGCAUUCACUAAACAAAAAUACGAUGAAAAGAAGUGAAUCACCCAAUAACAACAACAAGUUACGAAAAAAUGAAACACAAGCAGUCAAACCGAAAAAUAAACUGCAACUGUUUUCACUUUCGAAGAAAGGAGCGAAUGAUCCAAAGAAAAACAAAGGACAAAAAGGACAGUUACAUUUAAACGAAUGCCCUCGGUCUCCCCCUCAGUUUACUCCCAUAACUGGAAUUGAAAUUAGGAAAAAGGAAUCCAUUAAAAAUGUUCCAAUGACAAAAACUAGCAAGAGUUUAUCUGUAUAUAAAAGCUUAUGUACUUGCUCAAACUCUGAUGAAUCUCUACAAAGUUGCAAAUCAGAAUGGUUAAGUGAUGAACCUACAAAAACGAAAAACAUCUUUAAUUCUCAAAAUGACUCUACCAAGAAGAAGCCUCAAGUGACUGUAAAACCAAAAUUAUCAAAUCCAUUAAAGAAACGUACCACUUCCAAAAUAAUUAUGACAGAAUUGAAAGAACACAAAGACAAGGGAGUAGAAGUCAAUGAAAGCGAAAUAACGGCUACGGAAGAAGAAAUUCGGAUUGUGAAUUUUUCAAACAAUAAAAAUGACAAAAUAAAAGAUAAAUUACAUAAGAAUAAAAAUGCCAAGAAUGGCAAAGACAACAACAAUGUUUCAAAGGUCAAAAUAUGUAAGGAUAAGCAAGAAACUGAAAACAUAAAGAAAAAAUUAUGUCCUACAGAAGGAGAUGAAGAAAAAAUCAAAAUUGUACAGAAGUCAAACAAAACCUCUCGUUCUAAAAUUGCAAAUGUGGACGAUAUAAAACCACCACGCGAAAUAGGGAAAUCUAUAAAAGAACCAAAAAAAUCUACAAAUGAAGCGACAAAAUCUAUAAAGGAACUAACAAAAUCUAUAAAUGAACCAACAAAAUCUAUAAAUGAACCAACAAAAUCUGUAAAUGAACCAACAAAAUCUGUAAAUGAACCAAGAAAAUCUAUAAAUGAAUCAACAAUAUCUGCAAACGGACCAGAAACAUCUGCAAAUGAAUCACCUUCUAAUGAGCCAACAGAGUCUUCAAAUGAACCAAAAAAACCAGCAAAAUCUGCAAUAACUUCAAACAAAAACUGUGACCGAAGAGCACUGCAAGUUUUAAAAUUUGACAAAAGACCUGUUUUCGGACUAGAAGCAAACAGAUCGAAAAAUGGUUUGGCAACUAAAAGAACAAAAUCGGUAUACCACAAUAUGUGCACCGUUUCAAAACCGCUCUUAAAUCAAAAUGACGUGCUAGCAAAACCACAUACCGCAAUGCCCGAAGAAUUACGAAAAAUCAAAGCGGAAGUAGAUAAAGCAGUUGCUCAAAAGAAAAUAUUUUCAGUCGGCGGAAAUUUUUAUAGCAUAAGAAAAGCUCUUAUCAAAAGGGGUUGGGUUGAAAAAAUGAAGAUUUCUUUUCGUUCGAGUGGUCUGGUACGAAAGCUAUUUACCGCAAGUAUGGCAGAGCUUUUGGAUUUGUUGAAAGAUAAAGAGCAGGGAUGGCUUGCCAAAAGGAUUAUAAUCACCAGAAUGUUGGCGAAUCAUCCAGUGGAUUUAUUUUGGGAUUAUUCCAAUAAUAUUUUUAAGAACAGUUCACAAGGCAAUAACAGAUUCCCGUUCGUAAACAGAUUGAGGACUGGUUUUGGUUAUUCGUCCAAAAGUGGCCUUUGCGAUACCGUUAAGAGAGCUUAUUGGUAUCAAAUUCCAGGUGUGUCAUGUUUAAACCACCCGAGAACGUACAAUUUUGCUCAUUCAGGAGAUCCGCAUGAUUUUCUCGAUGAUUACAAAAGAACAGCCGCAAUGUCGGUCUUGAAGUGGAUUGUUGAAAGAAGCACUGACAAAGUCAUUAAAUUAAUAUCUAACAACGGAAAAAUACCCUUGACUAUGUUCGACUUUGCUUUGGUUGAAUGCAAGAGAUACAUAAAAAUAUCUAAGCACAAGGACAUUGACAUGAGGUUUUCCGAAGCAUCUGACUUCGAAUGGCACGAAUUUUUCGAACAUUUUUAUGCACUGAUACACCUCGGAGAACAUUUUAAGAGCAACAACAUAGAAACUGUGGAAUCAAUGGUUCUGAAGUCGAAAAUUAUACUUGCCAAAGUGAAGAAGUAUUUUCCUUACUUGGAAAUGGAUAACACCAUGAACGUAUGGAUCCUAAAGCCUUGUAAUGGAUGCAGAGGAAUUGGCAUUCAUUUAUGUCGCACAUUAGAGUACAUUUUGACAAUCGUAAAAAAUAAUCCGCAACGAAAAUAUGUUAUUCAAAAAUAUAUUGAACGACCACUGUUAAUCCAUCAUACCAAAUUUGAUAUUCGACAAUGGUUUCUAAUCAGCAAUACAAACCCUUUAACGCUGUGGAUAUACAAUGAGUGCUACGUUCGAUUGAGUUCUCAGACAUUCAAUAUCAGGAAGCUUCAUGAAUCCAUACACCUGACAAAUAAUUCUAUCCAAACCCGUUAUAGAAAUUCAAAUCGAGAUCCCGCGCUUCCAAAGUGUAACAUGUGGAAUUUAAAUCAGUUCAAAAAAUAUCUAGAAUUGAUAGGUCAUCCCAACGUUUUCGACGAAAUAAUCUUUCCUGGAAUGAAGCAAAACAUCACUUGCGCCAUUUUGGCAAACCAAAAUCGUAUUUACAGAAGGAAGAACACGUUCGAACUGUACGGUUCAGAUUUUAUGAUAACCGAAGAUUUUAAACCGUGGUUACUAGAAAUUAACUGUAGACCUGCCUUAUAUGGUUCCACGUCGGUUACAGCAAGACUAUGUCCCAAAGUUCUUGAAGACACGAUCAAACUCAUGGUAGACUAUGAACGCAAUAAGGAACCGAACUCCAGUAAUUUUGAGUUACUUUACAAAGAACAAAUAGAAAGACUGCCACGGGUAGACCCGGAUUCUUUCGUAUUUCAUGUUAGAUCGUUAACAGAAGAUUUCUUCGUCAAACCAGAACACCUUUAUCUCACCCUUACUUGGGAAGAAACUGAAGACGAUGCCAAUGACACAGAUCUAACAAUCCUUUCUUUAAAGUCCGAAAUGAAAAAGACUUUUGGAAGACUGCUGGGUCUGAUAAAAACGGAAAAAGAGAAAAGGACAGGUUUAAGUUCCGAUUCCCUGAUAAACAACAGAAUUAGCAGAGGGGUUCAAAGUCAAACUAACACGUUAGAAGGCGCCCUAAAAGACGUCACGGUAAUAAUGAAUUUGGACCACGUAGAGCUUCCUUAUUCUACGAAUAAUAUUCACAAAUGCCAACUAGCUGGAGGAAUGCAUUUAGGACAACAUCAAAUAUUUGAAGAAGAAAUAGAUGAAGACGAUGACGAACCAAGUCAUUUGGAGGAAAUAAGUUCAUCCAGCGAUACGAAAGAACUGGCAAAGAGUAUGAUCAGUGGUUUUGUACACCAACUGGAAAAGUUAGAAUAGAAGCAAUAUAUGUAUGAUUAUUAGCAAUAAA